UUGAUCUCAGGUUUUCGAGAAUGCCCCUAGAGACCCAGUUUGUUUUCUAUGUCAUUUCUUGAGCUUUCAGAGUAGCCUUGCUUUUCUCCUUGGCAUGGUCAUGGAACGGAUACUUGUUUGAUCUUCCUGCACUGCUGGGAAAUCUCCCUUUUUGGGGAGAGGGUUAGGUCUGGGUUGAGAUCUUUACUGUUCCGAAAGUUCAACAAAAGAUGACUUUUUCUUUACUUCGACAACCUUUAGAGGUGGAGCAAGUGUCAGUGGUGGUAUUUCGGCUACCUAUUAAGAUUUGGUGAAAGAUCAGGUGUAAUAAUGUUCUGCAGUGAAAAGAAAUCACUUGAAGUGGAACGGAGAGUGAAAGCCAAUGACCGUGAAUAUAAUGAAAAGUUCCAGUAUGCGGAUAAUCGUAUCCAUACGUCGAAAUACAGUAUUCUCACCUUCUUGCCAAUUAAUUUAUUUGAACAGUUCCAAAGAGUGGCAAAUGCUUAUUUUCUUUGCCUUCUGAUUUUACAGCUAAUUCCAGAAAUCUCCUCCUUGACCUGGUUUACCACCAUUGUGCCUUUGGUCCUGGUGAUAACUAUGACAGCUGUCAAAGAUGCCACAGAUGACUUUUUUCGCCACAAGAGUGAUAAUCAAGUGAAUAAUCGGCAGUCUGAAGUGCUCAUCGACAGCAAACUACAGAAUGAAAAAUGGAUGAAUGUCAAAGUGGGAGACAUCAUUAAAUUAGAAAAUAACCAAUUUGUUGCUGCUGAUUUACUUCUCCUAUCAAGUAGUGAACCACAUGGUCUCUGUUAUGUUGAAACUGCUGAGCUUGAUGGGGAAACGAACCUAAAAGUCCGUCAGGCACUAUCAGUUACUUCAGAACUUGGAGCAGAUAUUAGCAGACUUGCAAGGUUUGAUGGGAUUGUUGUCUGUGAGGCACCUAACAACAAGUUAGAUAAAUUCAUGGGAAUCCUCUCUUGGAAAGACAGCAAGCACCCCCUCAACAAUGAGAAGAUAAUCCUGAGAGGCUGCAUCCUGAGAAAUACCAGCUGGUGUUUUGGAAUGGUCAUUUUUGCAGGUCCUGACACUAAACUAAUGCAAAACAGUGGUAAGACAAAGUUUAAAAGGACAAGCAUUGAUAGAUUGAUGAAUACUCUAGUACUAUGGAUUUUUGGCUUUCUGAUAUGCUUGGGAAUUAUUCUUGCAAUAGGAAAUUCAAUCUGGGAGAGUCAAAUUGGGGACCAAUUCAGAACUUUCCUCUUUUGGAAUGAAGGAGAGAAGAGCUCUGUGUUCUCCGGAUUCUUAACAUUCUGGUCAUAUAUUAUUAUUCUCAAUACAGUUGUACCCAUUUCCUUAUAUGUGAGUGUGGAAGUAAUUCGUCUGGGACAUAGCUAUUUUAUAAACUGGGACCGGAAGAUGUAUUACUCUCGAAAAGCAACACCUGCAGAGGCUCGAACGACCACGCUCAAUGAGGAACUGGGACAGAUUGAGUACAUUUUCUCUGACAAAACGGGUACCCUCACUCAAAACAUCAUGACCUUUAAAAGAUGUUCCAUUAAUGGGAAAAUCUAUGGUGAAGUACAUGAUGACCUGGGUCAGAAGAUGGAAGUAACUCAGGAAAAAGAGCCUGUGAAUUUCUCAGUCAAAUCUCAAGUGGUUAGAGAAUUUCAGUUCUUUGACCACAGUCUGUUGGAAUCCAUUGAACUGGGUGAUCCCAAAGUUCAUGAAUUCCUUAGGUUACUUACUCUCUGCCACACUGUAAUGUCAGAAGAGAAUAGUGCAGGAGAGCUAAUUUACCAAGUUCAAUCACCUGAUGAAGGGGCUCUAGUGACUGCUGCUAGAAAUUUUGGGUUCAUUUUUAAAUCCCGGACCCCAGAGACCAUAACAAUAGAAGAACUGGGAACACCAGUUACUUAUCAACUACUUGCCAUUCUGGAUUUCAACAAUACCAGAAAAAGAAUGUCUGUCAUAGUUCGAAACCCAGAAGGGCAGAUAAAGCUUUAUUCCAAAGGAGCAGAUACUAUUCUGUUUGAAAAACUUCAUCCUUCCAAUGAAGACCUUCUGUCUUUGACGUCAGACCACCUCAGUGAAUUUGCAGGGGAAGGCCUUCGGACCUUGGCCAUCGCAUACAGAGACCUGGAUGACAAGUACUUUAAAGAGUGGCAUAAGAUGCUUGAAGAUGCAAAUGUUGCCACAGAAGAGAGGGAUAAACGAAUAGAUGGGCUGUAUGAAGAAAUUGAAAGAGAUUUGAUGCUACUAGGUGCCACUGCUGUAGAAGAUAAGUUACAAGAGGGUGUUAUUGAAACGGUUACAAGUUUAUCACUAGCCAAUAUUAAGAUCUGGGUCCUAACAGGAGACAAACAAGAAACUGCCAUCAACAUCGGUUAUGCCUGCAACAUGCUGACUGAUGACAUGAAUGAUGUAUUUGUGAUAGCAGGAAAUACUGCUAUAGAAGUGAGAGAAGAACUCAGGAAAGCAAAAGAAAAUUUGUUUGGACAAAACAGCAAUUUUUCCAAUGGCCAUGUAGUUGGUGAAAAAAAGCAGCAGCUGGAGUUGGAUUCUGUUGUAGAAGAAACCAUAACAGGAGAUUAUGCCUUAAUCAUAAAUGGCCACAGUUUGGCUCAUGCCCUAGAAAGUGAUGUCAAGAAUGAUCUCCUAGAACUUGCUUGCAUGUGUAAGACUGUGGUUUGCUGCAGAGUCACUCCGCUCCAGAAAGCCCAAGUGGUGGAGCUGGUGAAGAAGUACAGAAAUGCUGUUACUUUGGCCAUUGGUGAUGGAGCCAAUGAUGUCAGCAUGAUUAAAAGUGCUCACAUUGGUGUUGGCAUCAGUGGCCAGGAAGGACUACAAGCAGUCUUGGCCAGCGACUACUCAUUUGCACAGUUUAGAUAUCUCCAGCGGCUUCUCCUUGUUCAUGGAAGGUGGUCUUAUUUCCGAAUGUGCAAAUUCUUAUGCUAUUUCUUCUAUAAGAAUUUUGCAUUUACACUUGUGCAUUUCUGGUUUGGUUUCUUCUGUGGUUUCUCAGCCCAGACUGUUUAUGACCAGUGGUUCAUCACCCUUUUUAACAUUGUUUACACAUCACUGCCUGUUUUAGCCAUGGGGAUUUUUGACCAGGAUGUGAGUGACCAGAACAGCAUGGACUGUCCCCAGCUCUACAGACCAGGACAGCUGAAUCUACUUUUUAACAAGCGUAGAUUUUUCAUUUGUGUGUUGCAUGGAAUCUACACCUCAUUUGUCCUUUUCUUCAUCCCCUAUGGGGCCUUUUACAACGUGGCUGGAGAAGAUGGGCAACAUAUUUCUGACUACCAGUCCUUUGCAGUUACCAUGGCCACAUCUUUGGUCAUUGUGGUCAGUGUGCAGAUAGCCUUGGAUACCAGUUACUGGACUUUCAUUAAUCACGUCUUCAUCUGGGGGAGCAUUGCCAUUUAUUUCUCCAUUUUAUUUGCAAUGCACAGUAAUGGCAUCUUUGGCAUCUUCCCAAACCAGUUUCCAUUUGUAGGUAAUGCACGACAUUCCCUGACCCAGAAGUGCAUCUGGCUUGUAAUUCUCUUAACAACAGUGGCUUCAGUUAUGCCAGUGGUGGCAUUCAGAUUUUUGAAGGUGGAUUUAUACCCAACCCUGAGUGAUCAGAUCCGCCAGUGGCAGAAGGCUCAAAAGAAGGCAAAGCCUCUAAGAAGCCGAAGGACUCGGACCCGCCGGUCAAGCUCAAGAAGGUCUGGAUAUGCUUUUGCUCACCAAGAGGGCUAUGGAGAGCUUAUCACAUCUGGAAAAAAUAUGCGAGCUAAAAUUCCACCCCCAACAUCAGGGCUGGAAAAGACACAUUAUAACAGCACUAGCUGGAUUGAAAAUUUAUGUAAGAAAACCACAGACACAGUGAGCAGCAUUAGCCAGGAUAAAACAGUGAAGCUGUGAGUCAAGAUGAAUUUAAACCACAUAGUUAUCUUUUAACUUCAGGUGGAGCUGAAAUUCCACUGGCUCCAGAGUUUGGGAUUUGAGGCUAGAGGUGGGGCAGGCAGAUUGCCUCACUUAACUUUAAUCUGCCGCAGACAGCUGCCAGUGCCCAUCAAACAGCAGCGUACGCAAUGGAAAACCAGGCCAGUGGUCACUGUCUAGUUUGUGAUUUGGUGGACAAAACACCCACUGUUACAAGUACAGAUGUUUUUAAAAAAUCAACCUAGAUACCAGUUGUCCUAAACUUUAGAAUCUUACUUAUGGAGAAAACCUUGCAAAGCUGCAUAUACAUUGAGUGGAUCCUCAGGUGGGUAAAAGGGUGCAUUUUAAAGAUAUAUAUCCAAGCUGAAAAGCAUGCCUAUUGACAGAUAAACAUGUAUAUGUAAGAUCUGCCUUUCCCAUACUUUUAAGAUUUAAAGGUACUAUGGUGCUUUCAGACUGGGUUGCAUGUCACUCUUUGGUCUGGAUAUCUACCAGUCUGUUCAGCCAGAACAACAAAUGGCUUUCAUCCCUGAAGAUAACAAAGUUAUUUUUGUGUUUGUUAUGUUUGUGUUUCUCUUUUUUCUACCAGUCUAGGGACAAAGAAGAAUGAACAUCUUUGCAGCAGGAUAGGCUGGUAAUUUGAUCAAAUUUAUUCAAAAAGCUCUCAGACUGUGUCACGUAGGGAUAUGCUCAUGAAAUAUCAGAGAGGCUCACCACUAAGUAUUCUAAAUACUUUUCAGUGGCUUUUCUAACAACCUCAGUAGUAAUUUGCUGAGCAUCAUCCAAACCAUUAACAGAAUCAGCAAAACACUGUAAUUUCACACAUUAAUGAUAAUAUUCCAUAUAGUCUAUGGGCAAAUAUUUUCAACAUUUCUAAUUUUUAAAGUUUCAGAAUUGAAGCCAAACAAAUUAAUAAAUAAUUAUUUUAAUUAGUAUUUAAAAACUCAGAUUUGGAUCAUUUAAAGUUAGUUGCUUUUGAUACUCAGCUGUUGUGUUUUUAAUUCAAACAUGUAAUAGACGUAUGUAGGUAAGGUUGAUAUUUUUGGAGAUGUUUCAGCUCAAAUUUUCAGUCCACAUAUGAAAAUUUGAUUCAGGCAUAUUUGUGUGAAAACCUCAGCUCUGUCACUUCUUCCCUCUAUAAACUUGGGCAAUAAUGUGCCUUCUCUGAGACUCAGUUUCUUUCUCUGUAAAAUGAGGACAUACUACCUACCUCACAUGGUUGUUUGAUGAUUGUCAAAGCACAAAUUAUGAAAUUAUUAAAAAUGUAAUUCUUUCAUAAACAGGUGAAUUAAGUUCCAGUUAACAUCAGUAUAACAGAGCAGUUGGAAGAGAAUAUGAAAAAACUUGAAUUUCAUCAGUGGGGAAGGCUUUGAUGAAAUGAAAUUGCCAGUAGGAUAUAAAACUGGUUAGUAUCCUACAGGGAAAUAAAAUGAUAACCUAGAAGAUACAUUUCUCUACCAGAAAGCAAAAAUAAAGCAUCAUGUCUUAAUGGUUUAAUGCAAAUCAACUUUUAACUCUAGAGUCCUUAAUCUGGUCCCUACUAAAUUGUUGGACAGAUAAAGUUACAUUUCCUAAGAGAGUUAGGUGACACUUGAUGGGUAAGGAGGUAAUGUGAUAUUUAUAGGUCACAAUUUUUUAAAACCUAAAUUUCCAAGUCUGCGAUAAUUUUUUCUAAAUGGGAUCAAAAUGGCAUAUGUGUAAGAGAGUCAAAUGCAGUCCUUUACCAUAGUAACUGCCUAUGGACAUUCCCUUUCCCCUACAUGCCUGCCUACACUUAAACAGAUGUUUUUAGUGUCUAAUUUGUCAUUAGUUUCACCAUGUUUGCUCACUUUUUGUAAUAUUUUUGCAAUAUUUGAAAACUUUCAGUAAAUGUUUUGGCACUGUUGGUAUUUGAUGUUUUAUCUCUUCUUCAUGGGAAAUUCAUUGGGGAGAUUUUUGUUACAUUAGUCCACUGAUUUUUUUUCCUCUCCUUUACAUGCUGGGGAAAAUGUACUCAUUCUUAGAAUCUGAGUCUAGAAUAAAAUGAAACAACUGGACCUAUGUGUAAGGGAUAGGAAGGAUUAGAAAUGGUCUAAUUUUGCAAAUCCAGUUUAAAUUAAAGAAGGCUGUUUAUAAACAAAUAAUGCGGAUAAUUGUGAGAGAAACACAUUAUUAGCUUACUUUGGCUCCAUCAGAUCCAAAUAAACCCACACACCCAUUACAAGGUCAUUCAAUUACAAGUGCCAGGGAUUAUUUUGAACAUGAAGAUGAAAAGUCUGAGGGAUGAGUAGUGAUGGCGAGGGCACUGGGGAAUAAUAAAAUUUUAAUUUUACAUAAAUGUUAUCAAAUUAUUUGUAAAGAAAAACUUUUUUUCUAGAUUCGAGAUUUAAACUGAUAAUUUUGGGUUUUUAAAAUCUCAGCCCAAGUUUUGAGCUAUUACAGGCAAUUGCAAAUUGUGUUUCCCUGAUUUAGUUCUGCUAUCUUUGGCUCUCUCCUCUGCCUCCAAAUGUGUAUACCUAUGGAGGAAAGAAAGAGAGAGACAGAGGAAGAAAGUAAGACAGAUAAAGCAAGAGAGAGAAAAAAGUAAUGGAGUAAAGGAUAGAGGAAGGGAGAAAAGAGUUUCCAGUUAUAUGUUUUUUGAUAUAAUGUGACUCUGAGAAAUAAAUUUAAUCCCUCAAAGAAAAAUAUGGAUUAUAUUCAACCCUUGAAUAGUAAAAUUUCCUUCACAUCUUGUGUGAGAACAAGUAAAUCUUACCAGAAUGGGGGCCAGGAGCUCCGGCUUCCUGUCACAGUGAUGGUACUGAUUUGUUUGAGCUGCCACCUGACUUCUCCAGGCCUUGGUGUCUUCGUCCAUUGAUAGAGAAAUUGGGACAGGAUGGUCUUAAAGACCUUUUCUCAUUUGCACAAUUUGUGAGCUGUUCUUGCCAGUUUUGUCUGUUUGUAUUUGCAGUUGUCUUUGUUAGAGAGAGAGAGGUUGAUCGAUUGAUAGAUGGGGGGAGAGAGAGAGACAGAUAGAAGAAACUGAAUUGGAUGUUCUUUUGAGGGCAGGGCCUGGCUCUUCAGGCUCCUGUACUGGUUGGUAUUUCUCUAGAGUAGCCUCUGAUGCACUGGUGUCUCUGGUUUUUCUCUCAGCUCACCACAGAGGUGCUAAACCCUGUGGUGGCAUUUUACCUGGGUCAGUUGAAUGCUUAGUUUCUUGCUAAAGAUUCAUGAAGUCUUUACAUCCUUCUUUCCUCUGUCAUCAUUUUGAGCAUCAAAAAAGUAUACAGAUGUGAAAAUAAGAUACUCAUGUCCAGUUAAGAAGAGGAUCAUUUAAAAGUCCUCCCUGCCUUAAAUCUGGGCUUAGAGGAGAUUCUUUGAGCCUCUUUUCUCUUGGGAUCCACGUUUAAGCAACAGAGCUUAAACAAUUUUCUUUGCAGUUAUAGAGCACUUUGUAGUUUGUGGAAACUGUAUUGUGUUGGUGCAGAUUUAAAGUGUGCAGAUUUAGGGAAGAAGUGCAAACAACUGUAAAACUGUUCAGAAAUAUGUGUUUCAGAUGUUCUUUUAACUUUCAGUGCAAAUAAGAAAAAUCUCUUCCCUUCCUUUCUUUCCUUCAGCGUUUAGUGACGUUAGGCAGGUGUGGAAGGCAGACAAUGGAAAUAAAAAUAUCUCAAAUAAUUUCUGAACAGUCACUAGGAAAUCUAAUCAGAAAAGCUGUACUUCUGAUUUUUAUGGUAAGAAAUUGGAUUACUCUGUUAGUGUGUGCAUGAAAUGCCUCAAGAUUGAUAUGAUCUAAUUAUCUCAGUUAUAUGACUCAGAAUUAUUAUUUUAUAUUACAAAGAGUAGGCACAAAGUUAAGAGUGGAAGAAUCCAGGAAUAAUGAUGACUUACAGACUUUGUGAUGGGAUUUUGCAGGCCAUGGGUCAGAUAACCAUGUGGGGGUCAAAAUUUUUCCAAUUUUUACAUUAACAUCUGGUAUUAAAUGUCUGCAGUUUGCUCUACUGCGUCACAUCUCAUUCCUUGGUGAGGAAUCAUAAGCUUUUGCAAUUCUCUAACCUAAGCCUUCAGCUGAACUGCCUGGAAGCUGGAAAUAAAUGGCCCACGCAUUACCAAAUGCUUAUUGCAAAAGAUUUGGAGAGCCUUGCUGGGCUAAUCUGUAGUUUGGGGCUAGGACUUAACCCUAUCUGUCCUUGAAUUUCAAAACUUCCUGGCCGGUCUAUUCCUGUAACUGGUGCAGAAUGCAGAUCAGCUUGGAGCUGCGUACAUAACAUCCAAAUUUCAAGAAAUGAUAAUGAUUAGUUAGCCAGAAAUCUCUGGCUAUCUCAAUUCAGAUUCCCAUAAGGCUUAUAAGGGGCAAGUUCAAAUUUUUAAUAAACUGCAGCCCUCGACUUACACAGAAAAUUCUUACUGGAGCAGGAUGUGUGGAGAGAUGGGAAAUAAAGUAAUGAUCAAAAAGAAAUCUAGUUGUUUCACCCCUUGUCAUAAAUGUUUCUAUACUCUUUGCCUUCUUCUAGGUAAAUGUGAGUAAUGAUUAGAAGGCCUUUUUAACAGUUGAUAGUAUUCCUUCUCAUUCCCUUCCUGUCUCUGCUCACUUCAUUGUACUGUAGAGGUAUAUAAGUAUGAGAUAAUGCACAAAGAUUGGACAGAAAUUAUACUGACCCCAAAACAUCCUCAGAAAAGGUUUUGAAUAAAAUUCCUGUUACUGAAUUUCUUGAGAUGAUUUCACUUUCAUUAAAUGAACAUUGAAACAGAAUAAAUUAAGUUGGGAUUAUGAUUAGUGACUGGGGGGAGAUAUUAAGCUUAUUUAACAAUCUGUUUGACAGGGACAUUAAGAAUGAACAUGGGCCAUCAAUGACCAUUCCUAAUGGCAGCUGGCUCUCUGACCUGUUUAGACCACAAGAUAAGUCACAUUUGAAACUGUACCUAUUUUUCUUUACAAGGUACCUAUUUGGUCUAAACUAGAUAAAAACAAUAAGAUUUUUUUUUAACCCAAAUAACCCACAAAAUAUUAUAGGGCAAGUCAAAAUAUUUUCCUGGUAUUAUUUUGCUGUGGUAACUAAUAGUUUUCUGAAGCUACAAGAUGAUGUGUUUUGAACAACAGGAAUAAUUUCUAACUGCAUAAUAUUAUUGACAAAAUAUCUUUAGGUAUUGUCAAUAGUUUUUUUGUCACAAUGAAGACUGACAUUUUUUAUUCAAAUAUUUUUAAAAAUAUAUAUUUUACAAAUUAAAUAGUUGUGGUUCAUAAGUUUGGCUUAAAUUUUUAGGAGUAGACAAGAUUGCUAUAAUUAUCUUUUUGAUUGAUAGACAGGACUUUGCUUUAUGGUUCCAUUUCUUCCUCAACAUUCUCAUGUAUGGCUCACACAUAGCUUACAUCUGUUAGACAUCUCAGAUGAAAUGGGCUAACAAAUUUAGUUCUACUGGAUGAAAUUUAAAAUUAAUAAGUAAAUCAAUCACUUAAUAGAACACUGAGUGUGGAGAGGCCACAGUACAAGAUAAAUAAGAAACAGUUUCUUUGACUUGUCUUCGGAGAGGUCCUAAUCCAGUAACUUUCAAUGAUGGAUUAUGCAUACCAUGGUUCAUGGAAUCUAAAAUGCCACUUUGUAAAUGAUGCACCAUUAAUUUAUGUACCACUUGAAAACCAGAAGAAUAUUGCCGCUUAGAUUUGCAAAGAUGCCAUUGGAUGUAAGAUUUAUUUCUAAUUUCAGAGAUAUUAAAUUAUGAAAUCUGGUAAAUAUUGGAUUGCAGGAAGUUGAAAACUGAUGAAAAAAUAAAGAUAGUUCAUGGCAACUACUUUUUAAAGAUGCUUGAAGGGAAUAAUAGUUUUAAUAGUUACUAGGGGAUGAGGAAUUUUUUUUUUUUUUUUU